AGGCGGGCCUUGCUUUUCAGCCGGUGGAGGCUCUCUCCACGUGAGGGCAUUCAUGGAGGCCAUGGCAGGGAGUGAGACUACAUUGGCUGGAACUCUGGAUUUGAGGGAAAGAGUGGAAGCAGACCUGCCUGCAGCACUGGGCUUAUUGAAGUCUCUCCAAGAACAGGUUAUUGCGGUGACCCGUCAUGUCCAGGGUCUGGCACAGAAAGUACGGGCAGGGAACUACCCCACUGAGAAGGGUCUCAGUUUCUUGGAGGUGAAGGACCAGCUGCUGCUUCUCUACCUCCAAGACCUGUCUCAUCUCAUCCUGGAGAAAACAUCUGGACGCUCCGUGGCUGAACAUCCUGCAUUGCUACGUUUGGUGGAAACCCGAACCGUCUUGGAGAAGAUGAGGCCCAUUGACCAGAAGCUGAAGUACCAAGUGGACAAACUGGUGAAAGCAGCUGUGACAGGAGCUUUGAGUGAAAACGACCCAUUGAGAUUCAAGCCUAAUCCAAGCAACCUGAUGAGCAAGCUCAGCGAUUCAGAGGAGGAAGAUGGAGAAGCUGCUGAUGGUGCAACGAGUUCUGCAAAAGGGACAUCAAAAGGAGGGAGCAGGAAAUAUGUCCCACCUCGCCUGGUGCCUGUACAUUACAAUGAAACAGAGGUGGAGCGAGAAAAGAAGAUGCUGGAGCAGGCAAAGAAAAAAGCUCUCAGCAGCUCUAUCAUCCGGGAGUUGAAAGAGCAAUACUCUGACGCCCCCGAGGAGAUCCGGGAAGGACGCUUUGCUCACUCCUCCAAGCAGAGUCGAGAGGAUGAACACCGAACCAACUAUGAAGAGAGCAUGAUGAUACGUCUGAAUAUGACCCGGAAGGAGAAGGCUCAUCGGAGGCGACAGGGCGCCUUGAGUUCCCAGCUGAGCUCUCUUACCUACUUUGGAGACAUCAGUGCAUUGACUGGAGCCACCGCCCCAUUGGGAGAGGAUUCAGGCCCUUUAAAGAAGAGGAAGAAGGCUGGUACGAAACAGGGAAAGAAAAAAAAAGGUAAGUCCUGGUGGAAAAGUUUCCACAAGCGGCGGUAA